AUGGCAAAUGUCAAUGAUGCUCUGCCUGCGAUCAGGGAUACACUCGACAAGUAUGACCUGUGUGAUAUUUACAAUAUGGACGAAACAGGGCUCUUUUACCGCAUGCAGCAUAUCCUAAACAGGAAGAUAAAUCACUUGCGACCAAGCAGUUGA